AUAACGCGGUAUUUCAUUUUUAGGGCUAUGGUUCUUAUUAGGCGGCUUGCUCUCAUCUUCGUAUCUCAGAGCUCGCGGAGGCCUUAGUUUCAGUCGAAGAACCUCUCCGCUUUCGGCAACCAUGGGGAAGACACGUGGUAUGGGAGCUGGUCGCAAGCUGAAGUCCCACCGUAGAAGGCAGAGAUGGGCUGACAAAUCAUAUAAAAAAUCUCACCUUGGUAAUGAGUGGAAGAAGCCAUUUGCUGGGUCUUCCCACGCCAAGGGCAUUGUUCUUGAAAAAAUUGGUAUUGAGGCCAAGCAACCUAACUCUGCCAUCAGAAAAUGUGCUCGUGUUCAGUUGAUUAAGAAUGGGAAGAAGAUUGCAGCUUUUGUGCCCAAUGAUGGUUGCUUAAACUACAUUGAAGAGAAUGAUGAGGUGUUGAUUGCAGGAUUCGGACGUAAAGGCCAUGCCGUCGGAGAUAUUCCUGGAGUCAGGUUCAAGGUUGUCAAGGUGUCUGGUGUGUCUCUUCUUGCUCUCUUCAAGGAGAAGAAGGAAAAGCCCAGGUCUUAAUUUAGCUGGGGAAUUGUAGUGCCACCUCUUUUAAUAUUUGAUCGAUGAUAAUGCUUUAGAAACUCAUGUUAAGAGUGAAUUUUGUGAACGUCUAGUUACCUAUUUUUGCAGCAUCCAAGAGUCUCAUUUUGAUAUUAACUUUCAGGUUUAUGUUUUACCUAAAGAUGGAUCAGUUUACUUGGUUUAUGUUCCCUUAAAUCAAAUUCGUAUAAGUUUUAUUUUUUUCC